ACCGGCACAACUCACAAAAUUGGUGAAGUUGAUAAGGGAGACACCAAAACGGACUUCUACUGACAAGAAAAAGAGCGGGGAAUUACCAUUUUUUCUGCGGCCAUUACGGUUUUUUGGCAACAUUGUCAAAUUAAUAUUAUUGAUACCCCCGGACACAUUGACUUUACAGCCGAAGUCGAGAGUCUUGGUAAAAACUGAAAGAAAAGCAGCAGAGAAGGAAAAAAUGAGAAAAAAAAGGACCAAACUCCAAGACCAAAAACAGAAAAUUAUCCAAGAAAUAGCCAAAGACCAAGUCUUAAUAAUUGUCAAAAAAUAUUUGGACUUUUUUAAUUUAUUCAAGGAAGUUAAAAUCACCGCUAGUGGCGACAGCGAUUAUCCAGUCGGAACUAUUAUUAGUCGGCAAGAAGCCGAAAAAGUUAAUGCGUUGUUGAUUAAGGCAGAAAAAAAACCGAUGAAAGUACAAAAUCGUGAAUACACUAUUCCGGAAUUGGCUCGCGUAAUUGAUAAACCGGAAAGUUUAGUUAGGGCAAUUUCACCUUUUGCUCCUAGUUCCAAAGUUUAUAAAUGUGCUAAUAACCAAUAUAAAUAUAAAAAUACUGAAGUCGAGCGUUAUGCUUGCCACAUUCUGGCCGACUUUAAUAAUCAACUUCGUAAAAUAGUUGAGGUUAACGACUCACUUCGCCUUUCUCUUGACCAAGUUGAGCUUGAAAGGUUGUUAGACGAUGCAGAAUACCAAGAAUAUUUUGAGUUGUUUCGUAACUAUGCAAGGAAAGCCUCUGGUGAAGCAAGUAGUUUUAGCAGGAUGUUUAAUAAAGAUGCUGUCCGCAUUGCAGAGGUUCCUAAUCCCGCCCCGUUAACCCCACAAAACAGUAACAAAUUUCCUCCUCCCCCCGAAGCUCCGCCGAAUUAUUGA